CGAGUCCAAUCAUCGCCGGCUCGUGAUUUCCAGCCAUGCUGCAAGCCGUCCGGAGCGCCAUGGGGCGCCGGAGCAUGUCGAUGCAAGUCUUCAACCGAGCGAUGAAGCGCCAGCAACGCAACAAUGUGGCGCAGCUUGCCAACAGCACCGAGUACGAGUACCUCCGCGAAGAGGUCGCUCGACGCCUCGUGGACCGUCUUGAGGACAUUGACCGCGAAUUCCCGCUUGCUCUCGACCUCGGCGCGGGCAGCGGCCACAUCUACAAGUCGCUCGCGCCCGACGCCGGCCUCGGUGGCAUCAAGAAGCUGCUCCAGUUUGAGUUUGCCGAGGACUUGCUGCUGCGCGACGUUCAGACGCCCGAGGAGACGGCGCGCAAUGCCAAGUUGCCCACCGAACACAUUUGCGGCGACGAAGAGUUCCUGCCGUUCCCGCGUCACCACUUCGACCUCGUCAUUAGCUCGUGCAACUUGCAUUGGGUCAACGACCUUCCGAGCACGUUCACGCAAGUGCUCGAGACGUUGAAGCCGGACGGUGUCUUCCUCGGCGCCGUCCUCGGGGGCGACAGCCUCUGCGAGCUUCGGAGCUCGUUCAUUCUGGCUGACCAAGAGCGCAAGGGCGGCAUCCUUCCGCACAUUUCGCCGUUUGUCAACGUCGCCGACGCCGGCAACUUGCUUCAAAGCGCGGGCUUUACGCUGCCGACCGUCGACACGGACUACAUCACGGUCGAGUACCCGGACGCGUUUGUCUUGAUGGAGCAUCUCCAGGGCAUGGCCGAGAACAACGCGCCGUUCUCGUCGUCGGCGAUUGCGCCGUCGCGCGACACGCUCCUCGCGGCGGCCUCCAUCUACCAGACCAUGUACGGCAAUGAAGACGGCUCGAUUCCAGUGACGUUUCAGGUCAUCUACUUUAUCGGGUGGAGCCCGCACAGCAGCCAGCAGCAGCCCAAGAAGCGCGGGUCCGCGACCAAGUCGCUGCGUGAUCUGCCGACGAUCCACCACUCCGACACCGAAUAGCGAGCACGCAAGAUCUCUCGUGAAUGCAUCGUGUGGCCAUAAAGGGCCGAUCCA